CCAUUUUAAGUGUAUCAGUCGUCAUUUCACAUCGCUACAGUAGGACGGAGAACGUCAGGAUUCAAUUUCAGCAUAUUUCUCUUACAACUGUAGUGGAGAAUUGCCUACUAUGAACUGAAUCUCUUCCUAAAACAAAAACAAGUAGAUCCUUGUGAAGUGACGCAUAAGCCUGUAAGAAUUCAGCGUCGUGUUGUAAUUUUUUUGCUCCUCAAUGUAGCUAGAGGAAAUGGCUGUGGAAAGCAUGACUGUCCAUCCAAACUCCCCAACUACCAACCACGAACACAACAGUCUUCUGACUGACGAAAGGGCCGAAGAUGGAGAACUGGAGGAGGGCGAGUUGGAAGACGACGCGGAGGACAUGGGGCAGGAGGAAACGGGCCGAGGCCAGCCUGCAGCAGCGGGACCGGCUGGGGAGAGGGGGGAGGACGCCGGGGGAGGCGGCGGGGCCGACGAAGGGGGAGAAGGAGCGGCGGAGAAAUCCCGCCGGAGCCGGGACCGCCACCCCAGCAGCGCCUCGGACGAGGAGAGGCCGCACCGACACAAGCGGAAGCGCAAGAAGGAGAAGGAGCGGGAAAGAGAGAAGAGGAGGUUGAAGAAGAAGCGCAAGUCGAAGCAUAAACGGCAUCCGUCUUCCGACGACGACCACUCAGACUUCAGCGAUGACUCUGACUUCAGUCCGAGCGAGAAGAGGAAGUACCGAGAUUACAGUCCACAGUACACGUCCUCUUCUCACGGGGGCUACGGCGCGCCAAAGAAAGGCAGCUACAUGAAGAUGGACAAACCGGCUUACGGGGGCUAUGACGACUAUGAAGGGGACAUCUAUGAGGGAGAGGAGGAUGAAGAGAUGGGGGAGGAAGAGUACGACGACUUCGCCAAGGAGCUGAACCAGUACCGCCGGGCCAAGGAGGGAGGCCGGGGUGGAAGAGGGGGCAGAGGACGCAUGAGGGGCAUGCGAGGCCGCGGAGGAAUGAGAGGAGGGAGGAGGGGGCGAGGAGGAAGCCGAGGAAGAGGAGGGCGAGGAGGACGGAUGGGCGGAGACGACGAUGGGGACGGGUUCGGAGACGAAAUGGAGUAUGGAGAGGAAGACUACGACAACAUGGGGGACGACGACUACGACGACUACUCCAAAGAGCUCAGCCAUUACAAAAGGUCUAAAGACCGAGGCCGAGGAAUGAAAGGCGGCCGCGGUCGAGGCCGGGGCAAAGGCGGGCGAGGCAUGAUGCGAGGAGGGAAAGGCCGAAGCCGAGGGCGAGGAAGAGGCGACAUGGGGAACGACGACGACAACAACGGCGACAUGGACAACGGGGUACGCUUUGACGGAGGUGAAGGUCCAGGAGCAGGGAGGCGACAUCACCACGACAAGCACCAGGACAAGAAAGGAAAAGCUCUGUGCAAGUACUACAUCGAGGGGCGAUGCACCUGGGGGGACCACUGCAACUUCAGCCACGACAUCGAGCUGCCGAAGAAGAAGGAGCUGUGUAAAUUUUACAUCACCGGGUUCUGCGCCCGCGGCGACCACUGUCCCUACAUGCAUGGUGAAUUCCCCUGCAAGCUGUUCCACACCACAGGAAACUGCGUGAACGGAGACGAGUGCAUGUUCUCCCACGAGGCCCUCAACGACGACACCCAGGAGCUGCUCAACAAGAUGCUCGCUGAAGACGCCGAGGCCGGAGCCGAGGAUGAAAAGGAGGUGGAGGAGCUGAAGAAGCAGGGGAUCAACCCUCUUCCUAAACCCCCUCCUGGAGUCGGGCUCCUCCCCACUCCUCCUCGCCCCGUGUCCAUGGACCCCAACAUGGGGCCCGUGGACUUCGGUGGGCCUGUGGGUGGCGACUUCGGGGGUCCUCCUGGACCCAGUCAGGUUCCUCUCUCAGGCAAAUGUCCACCAGGUCCUCCUCCUGUCCCCGGGCCCAACCCCCCUCCCGGUCCAGUCCACAGUCCUGAUGGAAGCCCCUUCCAAGGAGGACCACCCCCAAACCCCAGCUGCCCUCCUCCCCACAUGGUCCCCCCGCCUGCUGGUGGCGGAGCCGGCGCCUCGGCGGGGAAGAAGAUCCCUUCGCUGUUUGAGAUCAAAGUUCAGCCGACGGGACAACUGGCUCAGAAACUGGCCGUCAGAAGUCAGGCCCCCAGUAGCGGUCAGGCUCAGACUGCACCUCCCGGACCCCAGGGCCCCCCGGGGGCCGCUCCGCCCCGCUUCCCAGGGCCUGCCGGCAUGAUGUCCCCGGAGUCGCAGAACAUGGGGCCCGGCGGAGCCCCCAUGAUGGGGGGGUUUGGAUGCGGAGACGGUCCUCCUCACGGAGGGGCAGGACCUCCCCAGGGCGGAGGAAACUUCUACAACGAGUUCUACGACCAGCAGGAAGGGAUGGAGGGCGUGCAGGAGGGUGACCGGUUCCAGAGCUUCCCUGGCAUGGAGGACCGAGGUGGCCCCGGGAACAGAGAGGGUCCCGCUAACGGGGCCACGGCCGCUCCUCAGGGGGGGCUCUCCGUGCCGGACUUUCUGCCUCCUGCUCAGCGCGUGCUCUUCAUGAGGAUCCAGCAGAAGCAGCAGGAGGAGGAGGAGCGAGCUCGCAGGAUGGCCGAGGGAGGAGCAGAGAAGACGAAAAACAUCGAAGGCGACUCAGGGAACUGGUACUCCAGUGAGGAUGAGGACGGCGGCAGCAGCGUCACCUCCAUCUUGAAGACACUCCGCCAGCAGACCCAGGCGCCUCAGAAACCCGACGGCGCUCCGGGCGACUCUCGUCUCCAGAAGGCGUCUCCGGCUCCCGCUCGCCCGGCAGACCCCCGCCUGGCCCGAGACCCCCGCCUGGCCCGCGUGGCGGAGUCCCUCCACACGUCUGAUGGCGCUCCGCCCACGCCGCCGCCGUCCUUGGGGCCCCCCACAGACCCGAGGUUAGCCAGGCUAGCCGCCGCCGCCGCCGCGGGGUCCGCCUCGCACUCGCCCGCUGCCAAGCCAGACCCCGCCAUGGUCUACAAGCCCCCGCCGCUCACCGCUCCAGCGGCAGAGGAGGAGGAGACGGAGCGGGUGCUGCGGGACAAGCCCGUGCCGAUCCCCCUGGACCCGCUGAUGGGGAUGGCCCUGAGGGACCCCCGCUCGCAGCUGCAGCAGUUCAGCCACAUCAAGAAGGACAUCGUGCUGCACAUGCCCGCCUUCUCCAAGACCGUCACCUGGUCCCCCGAGGACCUGCUGCCGCUGCCCGUUCCCAAGCAGGACCCCCUGCCCCUCCCACCUGGCAUCCCUCCUGUGCCCUCCCUGGAUCCACGUCUCAGCAGGGCGCCGCCUCUGCGCCCGUCGCCGCCCCCCUCCGCGCAGCCCCCUCCCUCCCUGGACCCCCCGGCGUCCUCCUCCUCCUCCUCCCUCCCGGACUUUGAGCUGCUGUCUCGUAUCCUGAAGACCGUUAACUCCAUCCCGUCCCAGACCUCCUCCCCUCCUCACGUGGCCACGCCCCCUCCUCCCCUGUCGCUGCUCGGCCAAGCUCCCCCCGCGGCCGCCCCCCCGGCAGAGAAGCCCGUGGACCCGCGCGUUCGCAAGGCGCCGUCCGACCCCCGCCUGCAGCCGCAGAAAUCGGCGCUGAAGCAGCCGUCUGAGCCGCCUCCCUCGGUUCCGGUUCCUGCUGCGGCUCCAGCGCCUCCGUCGUGUCCCUCCCCCCCAACCAUCGCCCCCUACGACCCCCGGCUGCUCUCCUCGGGGGGCGCAGGCCGCAGCGUGAGCGCAGGAGCACCAGGGGGCGCCAGCGUGCUGAGCAGCAUCAGCCUCUAUGACCCACGGACUAACAAACCGGGGAGCCCCGGUACCGGCAGCGGCUCCAGCAGCUCCCCCAACGCGGCCAGCGCCGAGUCCAAACCCGGCGACCCCGCGGCCAAUAAGCCCAAUAAAUCCAAGGAGCCGCUGUUUGUGCGUAAGUCUGCUCUGGACCAGCCGGAGCCGGAGAAGAGCGGAGAGCAAGGCACCGACCGGUACAACAGCUAUAACCGGCCCCGACCCAAACCCGCUCCCUCGCCCAACGCCACCGCCCAGACCGCGCCUGCCGUCGCCGGCGGAACCCCGGGCGCUCCCGCCGGCGACCAGGCGCCCGCGGGGGUCCACAACCUGCCGGUGUCCUCCCUGUUCGGGGUCGUCAAACAGGCGGCCAAAGCCGGCGGCACCAGCAGCCCGUUCGGAGGCAGCAGCCCGGCGCAGGCGGAGCCGUCCGCCGCCGAGCUGGACAACGCCUCGCUGAAGGACGUGUUCAAGGGCUUCGACCCGACGGCGUCGCCCUUCUGCCAGUGACGCCGUGGAAACGGAGAGCCAAUCAGGAGGGCCGCACGUUUUUAACUGGACGCUGAAGGGGUCGGCCCGGUGGAGACCGGCCGGUCGGACCCGAACAUCCGGCCGCCGCACCGAGGCACCGGGUCUGGACUGAGAUCCCCUGUGUGGACGGGAAAAGUUAGAUUUCUAUUUUAAACUUAUUGAUGUAUAAAAAAAUGUUUUCUCUUGUCUCAGAAAGCAACAUAUUAGCUUUACGCCCACGUUUUGGUUCUGCUGCUCUGUUUGUGGUCGAUGUUCUGGGAACAAGUCCGACUGUCGGCACCAAAAAUGUGUCUCACUUUGGAGUAAUUUUCUUUUCUCUCUCUCUCUCACUCUCUCUUACUCUCUCUCUUCCUGUUUCGAGGCAAAAUAUUUAAACACUUUUUACGUUUUCUGGAGAAAGAGACGAAAUUAUCUAAAUAUAGAUCUAUAACCGGCCUGAAUUAUUUUUUAGUAUUUAUUUUUAUACUUCUUGGCGCUGUCGGCUCGUGUCGUCUGAGGUCCAGCUGAAAAUGUUCUCCCGUCAUCGGAUCGGUCCCGCGAAAACCUUUGCUUUGAUCUGCCGUAUUUUUGUUCUUACUGGUUGUAAAGACGGAAAAUAUUCCUGACUAAAGAGAAAGAAAAAAACAAAAACACCAGCUUUUGUGUUUAUUUGUGUUUGGCUCAUCAUUCGCUCUGGUUUGACUCCAGCUUGUUGGGUUCAGGGAAAGAUAUCUUCCUCCGCAGCGGCGGGAGGGAAGCUCUCGUCUCCGUUUCAGAGCUCAAACACACGGAGGGAAAGGAUCAGAAAACAGCUUCCAGGAUGGCUAACGGUGGUUUUGUGUACAAAUGUUAAAUCAUUGUAACUUAUUUCUUUGGGUUUUUUUUAAUGCUCUGGGGAUUAGACUUGGCUGUCGGACUGAAUCAAAACCUCGGUGGAUGCAGGCAGAGCAGCUGCUGAGAUUGUCCAUCAACAUUUUUUGUCGAAUUUAUUGUUGUUUUUUUACUUUCUUUAUUUUGUAAAUUUUUUUUUUCACAUUUUCUUUCUCACUUUGUAAGUUUGAGCAGAAUCUUUAACACCAUCGGGGAGGGGGGGGGAAGGGGGGUUGAGUUUUCUAACUGUACACUUUAGUCCAGGUUGUAAGUAUUUAAAUAAAGUCUGUAUGUGAUCCGAAGGUUAAAACUCUAUUUUCUGUAUUUUUAUUACCUCAGCUGAUUCGUCUGACGUGUUUAUGUAUGAAUGCCUAAAAUCAUAAUAAAACUUUUCUCUGAUGACGUCAUUGGAAGUAAAACAAA